AUGCUCAAUCCAGUAUUCACUAAUGCAGCAGGUAUGGACAAAUCCGUGCUUCAAAAAUAUUUACAUCUGCCACAAGCUGACGGCAAAACGAUGGUUACCUAUGUGUGGAUUGACGGAAGCGGAGAAAAUUUGCGAGCCAAAACACGCACGUUUGACACGGAGCCCAAGUCAUCGAACGAUAUUUCAUGGUGGAAUUUUGAUGGUUCAUCGACUGGUCAAGCUGAAGGAUCGAAUUCGGAAAUGUAUUUGAAGCCAGUGGCAUUGUUCAACGAUCCAUUUACACUCGCGCCAAACAAGCUUGUCCUGUGCGAAACAUACAAUUUUGAUAAGAAACCGAGCAUUACCAAUCAUCGAGCUGAUUGUCUCGCUGCCAUGGAGGCUGCUAAGGAUCAACGCCCAUUAUUUGGUAUUGAACAGGAAUAUACAUUGAUGGAUCGAGAUGGAUGGCCAUUUGGAUGGCCUAAAGGAGGAUAUCCUCAACCGCAAGGUCCGUAUUAUUGUGGCAUUGGAGCAUGCUUAGCAUUAGGUCGCGAUUUAGUUGAAGCACAUUACAAAGCGUGUCUCUAUGCUGGAGUAAAUAUUCGAGGAACGAAUGCCGAAGUUAUGCCAGCCCAAUGGGAAUAUCAAGUAGGUCCAUGUGAAGGCAUUGAUGCUGGUGAUCAGCUUUGGAUGUCACGCUACUUGCUGUUACGUAUUGCCGAAGAAUUCGGUGUUCAAGUGAGUUUCCAUCCAAAACCGAUUGCUGGUGAUUGGAAUGGAGCUGGAUGUCACACAAAUUUUUCUACGUUGGCCAUGCGCGAACCCAACGGUAUUGAAGAAAUCAAAGCUGCCAUCGAGAAACUCUCAUUGCGACAUGAAACACACAUCAGAGUUUAUGGCAAAGAUAAUGAACGUCGAUUGACAGGAAAACAUGAGACCGCCAGCAUUCAUGAAUUUAGUUAUGGCGUAGCCAAUCGAGGCUCGUCCAUUCGAAUUCCUCGUCAAUGUGAUGAAGAACGAUGUGGCUACUUCGAAGAUCGUCGACCGGCCUCCAAUUGCGAUCCUUAUUCUGUAACUAGUCUUCUUAUACGCACGGUGUGUCUUAAUGAAAAAGAUGCAGAUCAAGCUUAG